AUCGCUACCUAUUUCCCAUUUAAGCUUACUUUGAACCGAAAAACAGAAUGGUAGAAAUGAAGGGAGUGAUGAAUGCAAUGCAUGGGUUGAAACCAGUGUUGCUGAUGGUGUUAGUGCAAAUUGCAUACACUGCUGUCAAUGUGCUUUUCAAACUCGCCAUAAACGACGGAAUGAGUGUAAAAGUUGCCACAACGUAUCGUCUCGCUUUUGGAUCUGCUUUCACUGUUCCUCUCGCUCUCAUUUCUGAAAGGAAGAAAAGACCAAAGAUGACUUGGAGGGUUCUUUUCAUGGCAUUUCUCUGUGGAUUAUUCGGGGGAAGUUUAUUUCAGAAUCUUUUCUACCAGUCCUUGGCUUUAACAUCAGCAACGUUUGCCUCCGCUCUCUACAAUCUCAUUCCGGCUAUCACCUUUGUGAUGGCCAUUUCCUGCGGUUUCGAAAGGUUGAAUUGGAGGGCAGCCGCAGGAAGGGCCAAGGUGUUGGGAACUAUAAUUGGGAUUGGUGGGGCAAUGGUGUUGACUUUUAUCAAAGGUGCAGAGAUUAAUAUCUGGCCUUUCCACAUCAACCUUAUGCAUCCACGUCAGCACCAAGAUGGCCACGUGGCACAGUUAAAUUCUGACUCUAGCAAUACAUUGUUGGGGGCUCUUUGUUCCAUAUUAAGCUGCUUCUCUUUUUCUCUCUGGCUCACCAUUCAGGCUAAGAUGAGCAAAGAAUACCCUUGUCACUAUUCAAGCACGGCUCUGAUGUCUACGGCAGGAGCAAUACAGGCCGCUGCUUUUGGUUUCUGUGUUGAGAGAGAUUUCAGCCAAUGGAAGUUGGGUUGGAAUAUCAGGCUACUUGCUGUGGCUUAUUCGGGAAUCGUGGCCUCUGGAAUAGUAGUUAUUAUUACUGCAUGGUGCAUACAAAUGAGAGGGCCUCUUUUUGCGUCUGUUUUCAACCCGCUAAUGCUUGUGCUUGUGGCUAUUGCUGGUUCUUUGAUGCUCAACGAGAAUUUGUAUGUAGGAAGUGUGGUUGGAGCAGUGCUGAUUGUGUGUGGGUUGUACAUGGUUCUGUGGGGUAAAAGUAAAGAGAUGAAGAACAUCACUCAGUUAGUGCCAUCGGAGACCAUCCGAGAAGCUGAAGCCGUAGAAGUUGUUGUCGUGUCCACCCCAAUGGAUCAUGAUAAAUGUGACCACAACAACCGAAGCGAAAUCACUGCUAUUACAAGGAAUCUUGACAAAGAUUGUGAGGAUUUGACAAAACAAUAAGGAAAGCUGAUGAAGAUAUUCGAGUAUAGAGGGAGUAAGGGAUUGGUCACACUUGUUUUUGUGUUUGAUUCUUUUAUUCCACUACCAGUCAAUCAACUACGUUUCACUUUACAGUUUACUGUAGCAUAAACUUUAACAUAAGCCCACUACCAAUCAGCCCAAACUUCUGCCUGACGAAACCGACGGCCUAGUGUAACAAAAUAAUUUAAUAUGGGCCUCUACUUUGGGCUUUUAGCCCAUGAAUUGUAAGCAUUAGAGAGGUUAUUGUUUUGUAUUUGCCCACCAAGAUAAAUAAAUACAGUUUACUCUA